AUGAGUCACUCACCAUUUAAAACUAUUCUUCGAAAGAAACCAGAAAAAGAAAAUGAAAAAGCUAAGCUGCUGGCUUCCAAGGGUGCAGAAAUUAUAUAUGCGGAUUAUAGUCAAAACGAUGAUCUUGUCAAAGCUAUUAAAGGAACAGAUGUUAUCGUCAGUGCUGUAAAUUCUGAUCCUAAAACUGAGAGCUUUUAUAAUUCUCAAGCUCCACUGUUAGCCGCUGCCAAGGAUGCCUCUGUGAAGAGAUCUGGAGAUCAUUUUAUCAUAGACGAUAAAGAUAAAUUUAGAGAAGAAUUAGAAAAAAGUGGACUUGAGUACACAUAUAUCGAAAAAGCUACUUUCUAUGUUGAUGCUAACGAAAAAAUUCCCACUACUUCUUUGAAUGAUAUUGGAAAAUAUACCGUAGAGACACUUAAAAUACCAGAGGCUCGUAACGCUCGUAUUAAUAUUGCUGGCUCAUUCCUGUCAUUAAAUGAGUACCUUGAAAUAUUUGAAAAGGCUUCUGGUUCAAAAUGGGAAGUAAUUGUGGAUAAAGAUGUAAGACAUCGAUACAAAAACAAGAUUGAACCAGUUCCCCAAUUCUUGGAUUAUUACAAGGCUGUCCUUUUACAAGAAGGGGAGGUUAAUCUAGAAUUAGAUAAUGAUAAAUUCAGUUUUACUCCUAAACCUGUUACCGAGUUUAUUGAAAAACUUGUAAAACAAGCGUCAUAA